AUGAAGCCUGAGGGUUCAAGCAGUGGCCGAAGCAGACGUCGUCAGUCGUUGUCGUUCUCGUCUCUUCGUCCGUCCAUGAGCCGGAAUAGACGACCAUCAACACCACCCCCCACCACUUGCGAAGAAAGCGUCCACUACCCCGUCUUUGAUCCGCAAAACCCGCGGCACAACCCUUCGCUUGCAUCUACAUCAUGGCAACAGUGGAUGCAAAGCCUGCCGAAGAAGUCCAUGGGGAAAAUGCACUCUUUGUCCUUCCGAUCUAGGUUUCGCAGACGUCCCAUUCCUCGUCCAAGCCAUAACGAUGAUAUACCUAGUCUUUGGUCAUCCACGGAUUCAGCCAAGGGCUCCUCCGACCAGCAGGGCACGCUCUACUCGUCGACUGUGUCAGAGGCUAGCACAGAGGAAGAUGUUGAGUUUGGUACUGACCUACAGCGCAUCAGCUGCAACUACCCGCCAGAUGGAAACAUGGACAGGUAUUUACGGAGUCUGCCGGGACCAUUUGUAUGGGAAGAUGGCACCGUUUCCUCAGAGUCGACCGUUGUGCCUCAUCGGGAGACCGAAGAAUUCCUUACUUUGACCUUCUCAAAUGCUCGAUCAACCUCGAGCAAUAAAGAUAGGAGAACGGAGUCUCAUAAUGUGGCGUCUACAGAUGCUAUCGGAGGAGACAAUCCUCAGCCUAUGAUUCCGAGCUCAUCCUCCCGCAAUCCUAGCGAGUCGUACUUUUCGCAAGCAGCAGGCAGCGAGACCGAGGGUCUGUGCAUCGCAGUUCCUGUUCCUCCCAACAGUGGCGCUUCUGAGCCACAGUCGCCGUCUGGAACAGUCGAUAGUGACAGGGAUGGUGCGGCCAGCGCGAGCAGACCCAGCAAUCUUUCGGUGCCAAUCGUCGACACAAGCAGCGCCAGACCUGUUGGCACGAGCGCCAACAUGGCACCCUACGUCUCCAACUCACAAAUCAUAGAUGCUGAAUUGGCUAUAGAGUCUUUGGAGCUGUGCCAACAGCUAGAGCUGGGUGACAGUCAUGACGGGGAACAGUUCGUGACAUACGAAGCUUACGAGAACGCUGGACAUUCAGCCAGUCACUCACCGAGGGUAGUGGAUUCGACCAACAGCUGCUCCCCAGCAGCGCCAUCAGCUGAAAUUUCCGAACCGUCGAAUCAUGGUGGUGAAAUACCUCGCAUUACGAUUGAUAUGCGCGUUACUUCUGGACAGCUGCAGGAAGGCGCCGGUAAUCGCAUUGUCCGCGGCAUUGAUUCGACAGAAAAUAUGCCCUUAAUCCCGGCUAGAGCAGAGGAUCGUCUGAGUGAACAUAGUACCGAUGCGUCGGUCUUGCGCAGCCAAUCGUCUCAGGACGAUCUGGCGUCGCUGCUAGCAUUGCGAGACGAGUACUUUCUAGUGGACAAAUCCAACGACCUCCGUCCGGAUAGGGGGAACAACGCCACCAAGGCGGAGCGCAGCUUCAGCGGUGAUGGCUGCUUGUAUAGUGGGCCAGGGCUCGACCGCAACUCGUCGGCCAGAGUGCAUGAUAUCCCCGAGAUCAUUGGCCCGCGCACGCCCGUCCAGGUACGUGGCACACGGCCGUUCCGACGCGAGUAUAACACCAGCGAUUCAGACGAGUACCUUAUGACAUACCCGGCUAUCGACAGACACUACUUUUCGUGA